AAUACCACGCUCCCCCACGUCUUUUCUCCUUCAAUCACAGACACCAUGGCGGACGCUACCUACUACAUCGACGAAGAUGUCGGUCACGACACUCCAGAACAGACGGGCGACGAGUCAUUGCCAUACAAGUCUCUCGGAUACGCCGUCUACACGCGCGGCGAGACUGCAAAGUUCAAGACAAGAAAGAGCGUGACUGGAGAUGUUCCAGAGGGCGCAGACGCGACAGUGCGGUUAGAAUGGAAGGACGUGGCAAAGGCCGCCAUGAAGAAGGCGGUCAACUACGCGAAGACACAGAAGAAGAAGGCGGAGAAGGAGCACGAACAGCUUGCCCUGCGCCAGAAGGAGGAUGCAGCCAGGAGCAAGGUGCUGGAGGAGGCCAAGCAGAUUGUGCUCGAGGAAGACACAAGCCUGGACAAGGCGAUCAAGAUCAAGCUCGACGACACAGAUUCCAAGAAGAUCACGCUGGGUGACGGUAAAGAGACAAAGGGCACACGCGUGAGGGUAUUCGGCAGGGUACACCGAGAGCGAAGGCAGAAGGAGGUCAUGUUCAUCACUCUAAAGGACGGUUACGGCUACAUGCAGGUUCUUCUUACCGGCAAGCUCGCGAAGACCUACGACGCACUCACACUGACCCGCGAGACGAGCAUGGAGAUUCUGGGCGAGCUGAGACAGGUGCCAGAAGGCGCGCAUGCUCCCAACAACCGCGAACUACAUGCAGACUUCUACAAGAUCCAUGACGGGUGGAAAGCAGCGGGCGGCGACGAUGCCAUUACCAACAGGGUGUCCAAGGACACUGAGCAUGCGACACUGCUGGAUUUGCGACAUCUUACUCUGCGUGGUGAGACAGCAUCCAAGGUCAUGAUCGUCCGAGAUGCUGUCGAAUUCGCUUUCAACCAGGUCUACAAGGAGCAGCGAUUGCGCAAAGUCAGCCCACCAGCCCUCGUGCAGACCCAGGUUGAAGGUGGUUCCACGCUCUUCAAGUUCGGCUACUACAACGAAGAGGCCUAUCUCACCCAGUCGUCUCAACUCUACCUCGAGACAUGCCUACCAUCCAUGGGCGAUGUCUACUGCAUCGAGAAGUCCUUCCGCGCAGAAAAAUCCCUGACCCGCCGUCACUUGGCAGAGUACACGCACGUCGAAGCCGAGCUCGACUACAUCAACUUCGACGACCUGCUCAACCAUCUUGAAGAAGUCAUGUGCCGCGUCCUCGAAGUCACAAUGUCGGAUCCCGCCAUCAAGCAGUACAUCACGGACCUCAACCCGGAGUUCAAGAUGCCAGAGCGCCCCUUCAUGCGCAUGAAGUACCAGGACGCCAUCGACUGGCUCGUCGAACACAACAUCCCCAACGAGGACGGCGAGACGCACAAGUUCGGCGACGACAUCGCCGAGGCUGCCGAGCGCAACAUGACGGAUAUCAUCAACCGACCCAUCUUCCUCACACACUUCCCUACCGCGAUCAAGGCCUUCUACAUGUUGAAGGACAAGGACGACCCACGUGUGACGGAGAGCGUGGACUGCCUGAUGCCCGGCGUAGGAGAGAUUGUCGGCGGAAGCAUGAGGAUGGACAACCACGACGAACUGAUGGCGGCGUUUGCACGGGAGCAAAUCGAUCCCGCGGCGUACUAUUGGUACACUGACCAGAGGAAAUACGGUUCCUCCCCCCACGGGGGCUACGGUCUCGGCCUCGAGCGCUUCCUCGCCUGGUUGUGCAAACAGCACACCGUCCGCGACUGCUGCCUGUAUCCGCGCUACUUUGGGCGCUGCAAGCCUUGAGUUGAGCAAGGCUCUUCGCACCUUUUUUCUCCCUGGCAUUUUCCCGCCAGUGCAGUUGUAGCUACACGACCUGGUGACACGUACGUCUUGCAUCGAAACCAAAAGGCUGUCCUUGUCGCACUAGGUGUAACAAUAUACAAAUCACUCACAUCCAAUGAAUACUGCACUUCUCGUGAGCAGCAGCAGCCCUGUCCUGUUGAUCGAUCGUCGGAUCUUGUAUUGACACAUAAGUCGCUCACGCAUUCUGAACAGUCGGCAGAGUGAACCUAGUCAGUCAGCCCAGUCCCUCCGCCAGGCACGAUCACUUCACGGCAAUAACUGCUAUUGCUCAAGGUACAAGUCCUCGCAGAUAAGACAUCAUCUCUCU